AUGGAACGUGUAAACACCAAGCCCCACCACCCUGUUCCCAGCCCCACCCUGAAUCUGUUCCACCCUCUGUCUGAGCUCCUGUCUGUUCCCACCUCACCUGUUCCAGCUCCACCUGUUCAGUUCCUGUUCCCAGCUCCCCACCCCAGUUCCUGUCUGUGUCCCACUCCCUGUCUCACCCUGUCUCAGCUCCAGCCUCAGCUCCCACCAGCCCCACUCAGCCUCCAGCCUCAGCCUCCACCCCAGCUCCCAGCCCCACUCCACCAGCCUCCACCCCAGCCCAGCCUGUUCCAGCUGUUCCCACUCCCAGCUCUGUUCCCACUGUUCCAGCCCCAGCUCCCAGCUCCCAGCCCACCCCACCAGCUGUCCCUGUUCCAGCCCACCUGCCCCAGCUGUCUCCACCACCUGUUCCCACCCCCUGUUCACCAGCUCCCACCCCACCACCACCCUGUUCCCAGCCCUGUUCCUGUCUCACCCACCCUGAAAUUCCCCACCAGCCCAGCCCCAGCCCCUGUUCCACCCCACCUGUUCACCUGUUCAGCCACCUGUUCACCAGCUCCCCACCCCACCCACCUGUUCCUGGUGUCUGUCUGUUCCCCAGCCCCACCAGCACCUGUCUGUUCCAGUUCCCCCUGUUCCAGCCCCACCCUGCCCCACUCCCUGUUCCAGCUCCUGUUCAGCCCUGUUCCACCUGUUCCUGUUCCUGUUCCACCCAGCCUCACCCCAGCCCAGCCUCCCACCCCAGCUCCUGCUCCACCCCUGUUCCUGUCUCACCCUGACUCCCACCCAGCCUCAGUUCCUGCACUCCCAGUUCACUCACCACCUCAGCCUCCCCAGCACUCACUCCUGUCUCCAGCCUCCCACUCCAGCCUCAUCCUCCAGCCUCCACUCCCACCAUCACGUCCCCAGUUCCCAGCCACUCCUGCCCAGCCCUGUGCCCCAAUCCCAGUCUGUUCCCCAGGCCCCACCCUGUCUGUUCCAGUUCCACCUCAGUUCCCAGCCCACCCCAGCCCCACCCCUGUUCCACCCAGCCCCUGUUCCAGCCCCUGUUCACCCCACCUGUUCAGUCUGUCUGUUCCCCACCCACCCCAGUUCCAGCCCUGUCUCAACCCCACUCCAGCCCCUGAAAUUCCCACCUGUUCCCAGCUCCCCAGCCCCAGCCCUGUUCCCCCAGCCCCCUGUUCCUGCCCACUGCUCCCACCUCUGUCUCUCACCCCUGAAAUUCCAGCCCCCUGCACCAGCCCCACUCAGCUCCCACCACCCCACUCCCUGUUCCACCCCUCCCCACCUCUCCACCCCAGCCCUGUUCUGUUCUGGGCUCCCACUCCCAGCUCACCACCCAUCUGUUCCUGUUCCAGCCUGUUCAGCCUCCACCAGGCACCAGCCCCCACUCCUGGCCCCAGCCUCAGCCUCAGCCCUGUUCCCAGCCUCCCAGCUCCAGCCUGUACUGCACCAGCCUCCCAGCCUCACCUCCAGCCUCCACUCCCAGCCUCACCUGCUCCCACCUCACUCAGCCUCAGCCUCCCCCCACUCCACCUGCUCUGUUUCCAGCCUUCCAGCCUCACCCUGUUCCCACCUGGGAAAUCUCUGUCUCAGUUCCUGUUCCCACCCCACCUGUUCAGCCCCACCUGUUCCAGCUGCACCCCACCCCAGCCCUGUCUGUUCCCCACCCCCCACUCUGCCACCAGCCCUCCACCUGUUCAGCCCCAGCCCAGCCCCACUGUUCCCCACCAGCCCCCUGUUAAACCAUGCACCCCACCUGUUCCCACCACCUGUUCCCCACACCUGUUCCUGUCUCACCCCCACUCAGUUCCUGUCUCAGCCCCUGUCUGUUCCAGCCACCAUCUGUUCAGUUCCUCACCCCAUCUCCAGCCCUGCACCCAGUUCCCACCCCACCAGCUCCAGCUGUCUCAUCUCCAGCCCCACCCCCACUCCAGCUCCCAGCCCACUCCACCAGCCUCACCUGAUCCCCCACCCCUGUUCCUGUGCCUCAGCUCCCAGCUCCCAGCCCCAGCCCCACCUCAGCCUGUUCACCCCAGCCCGUCUCAGCUCACCAUCCUCAGCCUCCAGCCUCAGCCUCAUCUCAGCCUCACUCACCUCAGCCGUCUCAGCCUCCCAGGCCCAGCCACUCCAGCCUCACUCCCCAGCUCACCUCCACCUGUUCUGUUCAGCCUGUCUGUUCUGUUCCCACUCUACUCCAGUCCCAGCUCCCACCCUGUCCACUGUUCCUCUGUUCCACCCUCCAGCCCCCACCCCACUCCCACUCCCACCACCUGUGCUCCCCAGCCCACCCCACCCCUGUUCCCACCCCUGUUCCUGUCAGCUCCCACCCCAGCCCCAGUUCACCCCAGUCUGAGCACCCUGUUCCCCACCAGCCCCCUGUUCACCCCCACCAGCCCUGUCUCCAGCCCCACACCCUGUUCCCACCCACCUGUUCCUGUUCUGACCAGCUCCCCACCCACCUGUUCAGCCACCUGGCCAUCCCUGCACACCCCAGCCCUGUUCAGCUCCCUGUUCCCAGCCCUGUUCCGAGUCUCUGUUCCCAGGCCACCCCAGCCCCAGUCUCCCCAGUCUCACGUCUCCCACCACCACCCCAGUCUCCCCAGCCCUGUUCCAGCUCCACCUGUUCCUGUUCCACCCUGUUCCCAGUCUCCUGCCCCAGCCCUGUUCCUCAGCUCCCCAGCCUCCACCCCACCUCAGCUCCCACCAGCCUCCACCACCUCAGUUCACCCCAGCCUCACCCUUGCCACUCCAGCCCUUGUUCACCAGCCUCACCAGCCUCCAGCCUCACUCAGCCUCAGUUGA